AUGAGUGGAGACGCGGGAGACGGCAUGGAGGAAAAGGCAGAAGUGGAAGUGACAUCGCAGAGUAACAAAAAGGAGCUCAACAAAAAGGGGCUCAACAAAAAGGGGCUCAACAAAAAGGAGCACAAAGAGAAAUCCCCCCAAAAUGGGAAAGCGAAAGCGAAGGACGCGGGGCGGGAAAAGAAGCUCCGAAAGAAGAUGGUGCCGCAGGAGGAUAGCGACUCGGUAGGUGACGGCAGCGAUGGAAGCGAUGGAAGCGGUAGGAGCGAUGGCACCGAUGGAGGGAGCUCCGGGGAGGGAGACAGCUCCCGUGACAGCGAUGGAGAAAGCCCCCGUGACAGCGACUUGGAGAGCCUGCAAAACUUCUGCAGAAAGAACAAGUUGAGCGAACCCAGCUCGGAAGAGCACGAAUCGGUGGACGUGGCCGAUAAGGACGACCACGAAAACGAAGGCAAGCCGGUCGAUGUAGCGUACGUAGAGGCGUACCUCAAUUCUGUGAGCAAAAAGACGAGGUUGAGCAAGGUGGUGAAGCUGCUCUCCAUGUUUCGGGACGCCCUGAGCAUGUUCGUGGAUGACGAGGUGGAGGAUGGCAUGCAGGGGAAGGGAAAACUGACGAACGAAGCAGAUCAGGGGGAGAAGCAGAAAAAGGGCUCAAAAGGGGGUAAGAAGCGAGGAACCAAGCAGGAGGGAAAACGAAGAAGAAAAAAGUACGCGAUGAACGUCGAUACGUCCAUUUUCACCCUCUUCAACGUGCUGUACAACGUGGAUACCCUAUUCUACAACGUCACAAACGAGGGGGCGCGCGAGCUAAGGGUGUGGAAUUUGGAGAGUAUCAAAAGUAAUGAGAUAUACCAGGAGGACAGCACCCUCCAGAAGGACAGCACCCUCCAGAAGGACAGCAACACAGAACGUGAAAAAAAAGUAGACAAGUUGAAAAACGCGAAAAUUGCGGAAAACGCGCAAAGUAUGCAAAUUUUGCAAAGUAUGUCAAAUUACAAACACCUAGAAAAGUACAAAAUGCUGAUAGUCCAUUUUUUCAUAUAUCUUUUGACUCGAUUGGAUAAACUAAGAAAUAGCGAUGUCUGUGGGGGGAUAAUCAAAAUUUUGAAAAAAAAAAAUAUCCUAAGAUGGAUAGUGAUACUAAACAUAGGGAAAAUAUUUUUAAAAAAAAUCUCUACCAUGUUCAUCCUGUCGAAGAAAAACGACGUUUACUUUUUCCUUUUCCUGUUAAUACAAAAUAUGGUUCAACUGUACAAUGAAAAGAAAAAAAUAAUAUAUAAUAAUAGCGUUACCAAUUCGAAGAACAAAGAAAAUGAGGAAAUAAAAAAGACGUACCAAUUGGAGAAGCUCCUAUUCGAGACGUACCAAAAUCUGAUGCAUAGAUAUCUGAUCCAUUAUGGGAAGAAUUACGAUAAUGUUCUCCUUUUGAAUCACAUGAAUUUUAAAGAGAACUGCCUCAUCGAGUUGUUCACGUUACUCUCCCACGAUGUGGCUUAUACCAUCACCUUUAGGUAUAUUCAAACCGUCAUGCAGAAAAUCAGGGAGGGCUUCAAGGUCACCUACGAGGAUGCCAAGAAAGGGGAUCUUCAAACAGUAGAUGAUCCAAUGAAGGGGAGAAACCGUGAUGCAGGCAAAAAAAAAAACACACAAAAGGUUAACCUCAUCGAUUUCAAAACCUUCCACCUGCAUAGCAGCUAUAUGAUGCUCCUACUGAGAUUUCUAAUCAAAAUUAUCAAACAGUGCCAUAAUUUGGAUAUCCUAACAUACGGCUUGACUGUAUUAAUAAUAGCCAUUUUGAAGACCAAAAUAAAUAACAUGAAAUAUGUGCCUGUGAAUUUACAACUCCUUCACUUCCUCAUUCGAAUUAUGGAAGAUAAGAAAAAAUACAUCCCUCUAUUUUCUUAUUUCACCUGCAUUAUGAAUGGAUUAAAAUCUUAUGAGCAUGUCAGGACCAUUUCGAAAAAUCAACAAAUCAGAUUAGCCAUCGAAGCUUUCGAUAUCAACACGUCUCUCGAAAUUGACGAAAAAUUAAUUUCAGAUUUCUCCAUAGCUUACCAAGUAUAUGAAAAAUUAUAUGUCCUUUUAUGUGACUAUAUUGGACUGAUGGUAAAUCAUAUCUCCUUUCCUGAGUUCUUUUUCGCUAUAGAUUCCUUCCUAAAAAAAUACUUAUCCGAGUGUAAAGUGCAUGCAUUUAAAAUGAAAAUGAAAAAUAUUCUUGUCUUGGCAAAAAAUUCUAUCGACAUUAUUCAGAAAAAGAGAAAAAAUAAAAAUAUUUACACUAUCCAUGAUAUGAUGUUUUUUUUCGGAAUUGAAAAUUUGCCUCUGUCUGGACAUAGACUAGCCGUUCUCGAGAACUAUGAAAAUAGCUGCUUGGUAAAGAUGAAGGCCAGGAUUAGUGGACUUGAGGAUAUUAAACUCGCCCAGGAUGAUGAGAAGGAUGAUGAGAAGGACGAUCGGGAGGAGCUUCCUUCUAAGGGGUCUGCCAAAAAGAGGAAACGCGAAGAUCAGCCUGAAGCCAGCGGGGGCAGAGGCAAGAAGAAGAAGAAGAAGAGCAACAACAACAACAAAAGCAACAACAACGAAAGCAUCGACAACGAAAGAAACGACAAGAAGAAGAAGAAGAACGACAAGCCAACUGAGGAGACGGAAGUUCCCUCCAGAGAGGACCAGGUGGAAGUUUUCUCCAUGUCCAGUGAGGAUGAGUAG